AUGGGGGUCCUCUCCACUAUUACGUUGCACAGAAAGGUGAAACUACAUAAUUAUAUUUUUAUUUGUCAAGCAAUUGAAAUAAUCAACAAAGUGGCGCAAAGUUCAGACUCUGUCAUCACUCCAAACUCCAAGCGGCACUUGGAGUUGGAUCUGGAUUUCCUGGAGCGACGCCAAAAUGCCACUUCAGGAACAAGCGGUCAGGAGAGCAGCCAAGAACAAGACCAGCGCUCUCCUAUCGAGAUUAGUCCUGAAUCGGUCGACAGAAUUAAGGUUAUUCUAUUGGGGGCACCGGCCGUUGGCAAGACUUCCAUAAUACAGCAAUUCGUCUGGAACGACUUCUGUGAAGAGUACAUUCCUACGGAUCGAAAACACACCUAUUAUCCUUCAGUGAUUACAAACGAACGCCUGUACGAAAUAAAAAUCUCAGAUCUUCCAGUUAUCCCAUACUUUCCCGUAAAUUCUUACUAUGAAUGGGCCAACUACAGAUACUAUGGCCUACGAAGUGCCACAGCAUAUAUUUUGGUCUUCGAUCUGUCCAACGUAGACACUUUUCAAUAUGUAAGAACACUUAGGGAACAAAUAUGUGAAUCAAGGAAUAUGCAGAAUGUUCCUUUAUUAGUUGUUGGUAAUAAACAAGAUCUAAUAGUACCUGAGGAAGGUACUAGUAAUAGUUCCAAACCAGCCAUAACGAGUAGUAACGAUGAAAAACGUAGAGAUAUAGUAAAUUUAGUGAAAAAGCAUUGGAAAUCUGGAUAUAUUGAAUGUAGCGCCAAAUAUAAUUGGAAAGUAGUAGCUGUAUUUAAAGAAUUGAUCAAUAUGAUUGACAAUUUGAGUAGUAGAGAUCAGAGUCCGAUGUUAGAUAAUAUUCAGGAAGCUCUCGAUAGGAAUAAAUGUAUUGUUAUUUGAUUUGUUAUGAAAUUUUUUUGUUUCAUUUAUGACCGAUUGGUGUUUAUUAUAAAAUGGUAAAUUGUAA